AUGGAGAAACAUCAUCAACCAAUUCAGCCUACCCAAGGAGAUCAGUUGCGACCACGGACCCCAGUUCACGGGAAAGAAAAUCGUCGAAUUCUUCGAGAAAUGGUAAAAUCCUCUAACAAAUCCAUAUUAAACAUCAUGAAGAAAAAGCUUGAAGACGCUAAGGGACUGUGGCUGAAGAUACUGCCACAAGUAUUAUGGGCGUAUAGAACUACUCCGAAGAUGAGCACAGGAAAAACACCCUAUUCUUUGGUCUAUGGGACCGAGGCAGUCAUACCAGUCGAAGUCGGAGAACCCAGCCUAAAGUACUCCUACGAAAGCGGUACUAGUAAUGAUGAGAGUAAAAGGCAGGAACUCGAUGAAAUCAAUGAACGAAGAGAUAUGGUGAACAUAAGGAUGGUCGCCUAA